GCCACCGGCUGCGCUCAGCCGAGCGCGCUCCCCAAGAAGGCGCCGUGUCUCCUGCGUCCCAGCGAGUUGACUGCAGUUUCUGAAGUUGGAGGGAGCCCUGCGAAGGGGAGGCCGAGAAGGAAGGAGGAAAACCCCUCAGCGCGGCCUUGCAGAGGGAUGACUCUGCCGGAACUUUGAAUGCUCGUUUGGACGAACUUUUCUCCAAGGAGGACGCAGCCCUCGGCCCCCAUGCCACCAGCUCUGCAGGACUGACACUCGGCGGGUGCCACCACCUGCUCCCACCAUGGGCCCCUCGGGGGGCGUGCUGGCCGGCGGACACACGCAGAUCGUCCUGUGGGGAAGUCUGGCGGCCGUGGCCACUUGCUUGCUCGUCGCCCUCCUCAUCUUCCUGUGCUCCAGCUGUGACAGAGAGAAGAAGCCGAGACAGCACAGCGGGGACCACGAGAACCUGAUGAACGUGCCUUCGGACAAGGAGGUGUUCAGCCGGUCGGUCACGAGCCUGGCCACGGACGCCCCUGCCAGCAGCGAGCAGAACGGGCUGCUCACCAACGGCGACAUUCUCUCAGAGGACAGCGCCGCGACCUGCGGGCAGCACUACGAGGAGGUGCAGACGUUGGCAUCGGACCUGCUGGACGCGCCGGACAGCGCGGGGAGGCCCGCGCCCCAGGCCCCGGACGGAGCCGAUGUCGCCGAGUACGCCUCCGUGGACAGGAACAGAAAGUACUGGCAGAGCGUCGAUGCGGAGAACGUCCCCCAAAAUCCAGGGGACCCCGAAGAGGAGGCCCCGCCCCCGGUCCCUGUUAAACGUCUGGACGAGAACGAGAACCUUCAGGAGGAGGAGGAGAGGAAGGCCACAGAGGGCCGCGCCCCCGAGGGGCCCGCCUCGGACACCAGCAAGAGAUUUAGCUCACUGUCCUACAAGUCCCGGCACGAAGACCCGACUCUUACAGAAGAGGAGAUCUCGGCCAUGUACUCCUCCGUGAAUAAACCCGGGCAGUGCGGGAACAGACCGGGACAGUCGCUGAAAGCCUCGGAGUCCAGCCGCAUGUGCGACCCAGGAGCCGCUCAGAGGUCCCCGUCUUCCUGCAGUGACCUCUACGCGACCGUCAAGGACUUCGAGAAGACCGCCCGCAGCGCCAGCCUGCUCCCCGCGGCAGGGAGGCCCCGGGAGGACUCGGAGCCUGACUACGAGGCGAUACAGACUAUGGACCGAGAGGAGGAAAAGGCCGCCCCCGAGGCCAGCGGCCGCCCCGGCUCCGGCCCGCGGGAGAGCGACUAUGAGAGCAUCGUGGACGUGCAGCAGGGCAGGGAAGUCACCAGGCUCUAGCAGCCCCGAGGACACCCCAGAGCCCGGGGCCAGCGGUCGGGGACAUCUCUCCUGCACACAAGAAGCCGCGACGUCACCAUCACCGCCCACGCGGCUUGAGUGAGCCGAAGCCCGUGCAGAUGCCAGACAGUCUCUCAGCGUCGGGGACAGUGAGGUGCGCACCUGCUGCCCGAGGCUGUGCCCGAGCACAUGGCCCUGUGUCAGCGGAAGAGCUGCUCCCGCCAAGACGCAGCCCACCUGCCUAACACUGCCGUUCCGGUGACCCAGGCUCCCGUUCUUCCGCCCCCGGUGGCCGCCCGCCGUCUUCCCCUUAGACUCUUCUGAUGGCUCCUGCUCCGUCCCGCGGAAGUCCUCCCGCAGGCCUGGACCUGGCCUUCGCCGUGAGAAGCCCUGGUCGCGGGUGCCGUCAGCUCGCCGUCCUCUUCCGGGGCGCCCCUGGAGCGCCGAGGCCUUCGCGCCUUCCGGUUCGCACGCUCCGUGCCAGCAGCGUCCCCCCGAAGCACUUGAAGCCGUUUUCAGAUUCUUUAUUUUUAUUUUCGCCAUCAAAACGAUUUUCUUUUUCCCCGAGCGUUUGAAGCUCUUCAGAACUCUUGCAGUGUUUUCCACAAACGUCGUGAUACUUCUCUGCUUGUCUUAGCCCCGAUCCCACUCCCCCAGAACUGAGAGCCUCAGCCCUCACGUUGGGACAGGGACCACACGUCUGGACGGCGGCCACGGCGUCCGUCUCUGCGGACUCGCGAGCGUGUUCCUCGUGGGCGCUGCUGGUACACCAGCAGCGUGGGCCGCACGAGUUAACCGCUGCCCUAAUCUAUCUCAGAUUAAAAUGCAAACGUUUAUUUUUCUUAUAUAAA